UGGUAAUUCCUUCAAAUUCAUUAUGUAUUUCUGUUUUUUUUUCAUCCGAACUAUUUAAGAUGAUGCGAUCAACAUCACAGGGAGAAAGCCUAACUGGUCAAGGGAUGGAAGCACUUAUUACAGCGGCUCGAAUUAGCAUGAUGACGUCACAAGAAUUACUUGAGCGAAUAGAAGAGACAGUGUUGAUGCCGAAUGGUGGUUGGAGGCCACGUGACUGCGCAGAUGUCCAAGAAUCUGGUCGCAAUGUGAGUGGACGAUACGCCAUCUAUCCUGAUGACUGCGCAGAUCCUUUCUUCGUUUACUGCGAUAUGGAAACCAACAGAGGAGGGUGGACGGUGUUCCAGAGGCGCUUGGAUGGCGGUGUUGAUUUUGACCGGGAUUGGGCAGCCUACAAACACGGGUUCGGUUCGGUGACAGGCGAGCAUUGGCUUGGUAAUGAUCGAAUCCAUCGCAUAACCAGCCAGAAACUUUAUCAACUCCGAGUCGAUUUGGAAGAUUUUGAAGGAGAGACGAGGUAUGCCGAAUAUCGAACGUUUCGACUCUCUGACGAAAACUCAAACUAUCUGAUGAGAGUGGGUCAUUACACAGGAGAUGCAGGUAACGCGCUGACAUCACACAGCAAUCGACCCUUCACUACGAAAGAUCGAGACAACGACGCGCAUGAAGGAAACUGCGCGGCGACAUUCUUCGGGGGCUGGUGGUACUACGCGUGCCAUACCACUUCUCUGAACGGUCUCUACCUGGCGGGACCCCACGAGGCGACAUCCCAGGGCGUCAACUGGUCGCCGUGGAAAGGGCAUCGAUAUUCUCUCAAGCGGGCUGAAAUGAAACUGCGCCCUCUGUCGGCAGUGGCAAGGCUAGAAGGAUUAUGAGAUUUGGACGCUUUCAAGAUUUUGUGAGCCAUGUGAGAAGAGAGGGGCAAAAUUGGAUGGCCUGGGGGUAUCUACACCCGAAAUGUACCAUUCUCCUCAUACGUAUACUCUCUUGAGCCAAAUAACAUGUAUCUUUCAAACCCUGAAGAUAACGGUUUGUUCUUUAUUUGCAACAUUCACAAAUUUCUUUGGCACCUUUCCCAAAUAGAAACCAUGGGUCAUCUUUAAGUAGAUUUUUGCUGAUGUCGAAGGAAUGGGGUGGCGCCUUUUGAAACAGAUGGAUUGUCUGGAGUUUUCGGUUGAAGGGUGUGUGUGUUAACUCAAGUGGGAAGAGGCCAACAUAAUUUAGAGGGCAU